UUUGACGUAUGACAUGUUGUGCUGAAAAGGUUUGCGGGUGCGGACAUAAUGAGUGUUAUCGGGCGUCCGUCGCGGUGUCCGGCGCUGGUCGCUGCAGACGCCGGCCUGGCCGCACUCUGCAGCGCAGCCGCGAUCCAAGCGCACGCGCUCCAAUCACAUGUGCUCGUGUUUCCUUUUUAUUACCGAUCACUGCCAAACAAAAUCAAACAAAUUGACGAUAGCUAUCCGAGAUGUACCGCGAGGACCUAAACUUCGAGGAUGCCGCGCUUGAUGAUCAGCUGCUAUUUGAGUACUCUCCGGCAGAGAGCUUGAUAAACUUCGAGCUUCCGACAUCGGUCACCGCCGACGUGGACGAUUGGCAGAUCAGUGAUUUGGAAUUUAAUUGUGACGCGUUUCUCGGUAGUGUUUGCGAAAGAACGAGAGACGGUUCUGAGGAUGAUUCGCCUGUACUCUUCGACUUUGCAGAUUUAGACAAGAACGUGAAUUUUGACGAUUAUUUAUUAGAAGCAUUAAGUUGCGAUCGAUCCGAAGACAGACUACAAUUGGGGUCGGAUUCCGUGGACGGCUGUGACGACCCGGCCCUAGGCGCGCUGUCCGUGCUCGGUAUCGACUUAGAGACUAUAUGUGGGGAGAGCUCUCAGACCGCGGCUGCGUCGAUGAAUGAAGCAAGUGAGAAAGAAUGUUACCCGACGGAGAUUGUACCAAAAUCUCGGUCAUGGGGCGAGCCCACGUUUUGUCCGGAACUUGGCGCUUUCCGGUGUCCGGUCGGCGAAUGCGGCAAGCUUUACGCCAAGGCAUCGCACGUGAGGGCGCACCUGCGAAGGCACAGCGGCGAGAAGCCGUACAAGUGCACGUGGGGCGGCUGCAGCUGGAGAUUCGCACGGUCAGACGAGCUGGCGCGACACCGGCGCAGCCACUCCGGCGACAAACCUUAUCGCUGCGCUGAGUGCAGCAAGCGCUUCGCGCGCUCCGACCACCUCGCCAAGCAUGGCCGCGUGCAUGCACGCCGCGCGGCCGCCAGCGCAAGCGCCGCACUUGCCAAACGCUCCUCCCCCACCCACGCUUACAGGACAAGACGCUAUUUGUGAAACAUACUAAAAAGAAUUAAAGUCUAACUAUAUUAGGUAGUUAUAGAUCAUGCUGAUAUGUUGUUGCUUGUCUACUGAAAUAAGUUACGUUAAAUACCGCGCGGGCGCGGUUAUUUUUAAGUGUUAUUAUUAGUUAUUAGAUUUAAAAAUGUCAAAUGAUUAUCUAGUUUUAAUUCAGCCUA